AUGGCUGAAAUAUCCGAACACCAUGUUCCUGAAGAAAACAACCCAAAAUCUGAAAGAACAGGAAUUCAAGAGGAUUUGCCAUAUUUGGCUCUCGACAUUGGAGGAACUGAUCCAGAAAGCAAACAAAAAGGAAUUGCUGCAAAAGUUAAGGUCACUGGGGCUGGAGCACACAAGUUUGCGGAUUUGUUUAUGGAAAAGAUUGGUGUUACGGUUGAAAAAGAAGAUGAGAUGGAUUGUAAUCCAAAACGAAGCGUUUACCUUCACAGAGGAAAAAAGGAAAGUGUUGCUGCUGACAAGAAUGAUUUGUUCCCUUAUCUUUACGUGAAUAUUGGUUCUGGUGUUGUCAUACUCAAGAUUGAAGGAGAUGGCAAUUAUGAAGCAGUUGAUGGAACUCGUAUUGGUGGCAUUACUUGCUGGGGGCUCGGGAGGUUGUUGACGAAAUGCAAGAGCUUGAAUGAGAUCAUAGAGUUGAGUAAAUGCGGAAACAUUAAGAGAAUAGAUUUGUUUGUCGAGGACACUUUUGGUGAUCGCGAAUAUGUUGAGAAACAUGCGCAGAAGUUGAAUGCACCGCCUAACAUGAAUAUCAGAAGUUUUGGAAAGACAAUAUCUGAAAAUAAAACACUUGAAGAUUGCGACGUGGAAGAUUUAUCUCUGUCUCUGUUGCAAAUGUUCUCGCUCAACAUUGCGCAGAUUGCCUCCUUGAAUGCCCGCCUAUAUGGAAUCAAGAGGAUCUUUUUUGGAGGAUCAUUUAUAAAGGACAAUACAUGUGCCCUGGAGAUCCUGUCAUCUUCAGUUCAUUACCACUCAAAAGGUACAGCAAAAACAAUGUUUUUACGGCACGAAGGAUUUGUAGGAGCAUUAGGUGCGCUCAUGAGCUAUGAGAAUAAGCAUGGCCUUGAUGUUAUGGAUGAUGAAUCACAAGAUGUGGAAACUACCUUAAAGAGCACAUUUUCAUGCCAUGAUCCACUUUGGAAUUUUAGGGACUAAUAACCAACCCUAGGAACCACAGAGUUCCCCAGUUCCAUGGCAAGGUAAAUGUCAACAGA